AUGGACGCUGGUGGCGCGUACAACCCACGAACGGUGGAGGAAGUGUUUAGGGAUUUCAAGGGCCGAAGGGCUGGGAUGAUUAAGGCUUUAACCUCUGAUGUUCAUGAGUUUUACCGACUUUGUGAUCCCGAUAAGGAGAACCUGUGCCUCUAUGGGCACCCGAAUGAGAACUGGGAGGUGAACUUGCCAGCUGAAGAAGUUCCCCCGGAGCUCCCAGAGCCUGUCUUGGGUAUCAACUUUGCCCGAGACGGGAUGCUGGAAAAGGAUUGGCUGUCCCUUGUUGCUGUCCACAGUGAUGCAUGGCUUCUUGCAGUGGCUUUCUUUUUCGGAGCCAGGUUUGGGUUUGACAAAGCUGAUAGGAAAAGGCUUUUCAAUAUGGUCAAUGACCUCCCAACAAUUUUUGAGGUUGUGGCUGGCACUGCAAAGAAACAAUCAAAGGAUAAGUCCUCUGUUUCCAACAAUAGCAGCAACAGAUCCAAAUCAAACUCCAAGGUGAAAAAGGUUUCUUCCGCUGUAGUUCUUCUGUCCCAGAUGUGUGGGGCAUGUGGUGAGAGCUAUGCAGCUGAUGAGUUCUGGAUCUGCUGCGACCUCUGUGAAAACUGGUUCCAUGGAAAGUGUGUGAAGAUCACACCAGCCAGGGCUGAGCACAUCAAGCAGUAUAAAUGCCCAUCUUGCAGCAACAAGAGGGCUCGUUCCUAA